AUGUUGUGCUUUAGGCCGACGUUCAUACAAAUAUGGAAGAAACGUUCGGUGGAGCAGUUCAGACCCGACCCGUACUUGGCGACGGCUGUGAACUGCAUGUCGUGGGUGGUUUACGGGCUGCCCGUGGUUAAACCGAAUUCCCUCCUGGUCCUGACCACCAACGGGGUCGGCGCCUUCAUCUCCUUCAUCUACAUAGCCAUCUUCGUCCUCUACUCCGACAACAAGAAACGGGUCAAGAUCUUGACCAUCCUCGUCGUCGAGAUUUGCUUCAUCGUUCUCCUCCUCCUCCUGGUCGUGUUCCUCGUACCCGCCGUCUCCCAACGAAUCUUGAUCGUCGGAGUUGUGUCUCUUGUGCUGUGUGUCAUCAACUACGGCGCUCCUUUGUCUGUCUUGAAAAUGGUGAUUGAGACGAGGAGCGUGGAGUACAUGCCGUUUUACCUGUCCUUGGCCUGCUUUGCCAAUGGUGCUAUUUGGACUGCUUAUGCUCUCAUCCGCAUCGACCUCUUCCUAGCGAUUCCGAACGGGAGCGGCGCAUUGCUGGGAUUGGUGCAGCUAAUCGUGUAUGUCACUUUCUACAAGUCUACACAGAAGCAAAUAGCAGAGGUCGAUCUGCUGGAGGUUGCUGUGGAUAGAGAUUGUGCAGCUAAGACAACGAACAAGGUUGCGAAUAGCCAUGCAGCUCUGAGUUCCCAAAAAACAAUAUACAUGCGGUCUGGGUCGAGGAGGGAACCCAAGCUAGUGGUAGAUGAUCAGUCCUCGGGCUGA